UCCCGAGCGAGAAAUUUGCGGAGCCGCCAUUACUAAGAAGGAGACUAUUUUAAAAAUCGUACUGCGUCACAGGAAACACGUUAGCGGCACCCCGUCUAAGAGACCGCACCACUUCCGGUAGAGUUCAAAACAACAUGUGUGGAUGAAAGAGAAGUACACCGAUGCAGGAAAGAAAAUGGCUUUCUUCUUCUUCUGGUGGUGCUUCUUUAUCAGGGUGUUGAGCUGUGUUUUAAAAAUGUCUCACGGAAAUGGCUGUUUACCAUCACAAACCAUCUGAAACAUGACCUGAGCUGUUACUGUUACUGAGACCCGAGAAUGAUCAGAAGUCUGUCGAAAGAAGUUCAAUCACACUUGCGCUCUGGAGUUGCCAUUUUCUCAUUGCAGCAAUGCGUGGAGGAGCUUCUACUGAACAGCAUUGAUGCCGGAGCAACAUGUGUGGCUGUGAAGAUAGACAUAGAGGCCUGCAAAGUUCAGGUCUUAGACAACGGCUCAGGCAUGGACCGAGAGAACAUGGAGAGGGUCGGGACCAGGUAUUGCACGAGCAAAUGCAGCUCCAUUGAAGAUUUGGAUAAUCUUUGCUUUUAUGGGUUCAGAGGAGAAGCAAUUGCCAGCAUGGCCACCAUGGCAACCAUGGUAGAAAUCACCUCUCGCACUAAGACAUCUGUGAAAACAUUUGUUAAAAGGUUUCACGAAGGUAAGGCGUCAGAUGUUUUCGAGGCGCAGACUACUCGCCCAUCAGCCGGGACGACAGUCCUAAUUUGUAACUUCUUUCACAACCUGCCAGUCAGGAGAAAAAGGAUGGACUCUGUGCUGGAGGUGGAGCGUGUUCGUCAGAGAGUGGAGGCCAUAUCGCUGAUGCAUCCAUCUGUGUCAUUUACUGUCAAAAGAGAUUGUUCAGACACACUCCUGGUACAGAUUCCCAAAGCCAGGAAUACUUACUACAGAUUUGUUCAGAUCCAUGGAUUGAAUAGGGCCCAGAAGCUCGGAGAGGUGAAUUAUACGCAUGGACAGUUUGAAAUGACAGGGCACGUUGGCCGAGAGGGACACUACAACAACAGCCUGCAGUUCCUCUUCGUGAACGGACGACUUCUUCUGAAAACACGUCUUCACAAACUACUCAAUUGCCUUCUCAGGAGACCGAGUAAUGUCCAAACCAGCAAUCUAAAUGUGUCCGCUGUCAUCCCAAGCCCUAAACAAAAAGGCAGUGCUGAUUUACAUGGAGUUUACAUCAUUAAUAUCAAGUGUCCCUAUUCGGAGUAUGAUGUGUGCCUAGAGCCAGCGAAGAGUCUUAUAGAAUUCAAAGACUGGGAUAGCGUGCUCUUGUGCAUCGAGGAAGGCAUAAAAGUGUUCCUUACAAAGGAGAACUUAGUAUCAGAGUGUUCUGUGAGUGACAUCCAAAGCUUUGGGGAAAAGGAAAGCAGUCCAGGAGGGAAUGUAAAUAUUGAAGACACAGGAAGGUUACCAGUUCCUGAAAAAAACUUUGGGCAAGAUGAAGAGAUGCCUGAACCAGUGCGAUCAAAUACAGAGUCUGAAACGAAUUCAGAUUCAGACCCUGAAGAAGAAGAAAUGGUGAACAAUGACGCCAUUGACGAGCCUUUGCAGGAAUUGCUUGAAAAUGUUCAAAACACAGAGUGCACUGAUGAUAGGGAAGACAAUACCUCGUCACUUUGUGUUAGCAGCAAUAAAAUAACACACUUUGAAAAUUCCAGGAUUGAUGUCAUUGAUCAUAAAGUGGCAUAUGACAGUUUGAGGAGAUUCACUGAACCCAAUCUCAGCUGUGCACCGAAGAGAAAGUUGACAUUACCCCAUGCUCGGAGUCAGACAGACGGCUGCGACUACGGGCCAAAGAUCACUAGGGUCACACCGCAUCGCAAAUUAACACUGUCUUUUGAAACUGGAUCUCUUGACAAAUUCAAGAGGUUGUUUGGAAAAGAGGUUGAAAUGAAACCCCAAACAAUGAACACACAAAUCCCUGAUGUUUUAUGUCCGACAGACUUUUUUGAGAGUUCUGCUUUGAAAGCAAGCAGUAAUUUAGUCUGUUCUGAAAGUGUGCCAGUAGAAGAUCUUGGAGUAGAUCGCUCUUUGUUCAAGGACAAUUCUGUCUUCAAGAAGUUUCAGUGUUCCUCAGCCAGCAAGAGGAACAGAAUAUCAUUAGCGACAAAGCUCUCUCGCAAGGUAGAACAUGAAGAUACAAAAAAUACGCUCAUCAGUGACACAUUGCUUAACCCUUUAACACAAGAUACAGACUUUAUAGAGAAGUUUCCCAAUUCUCUGUCAGUGGUGGUGAACAAUGACGGUGUUUUAAAUCACAGCGUUAUAGCUGAGAACUCCGUAACGACCGAGCCGCAUGAGGUUGACCGUUCAGAUGAACCCACAUUCACUGCUCCCAAUGGACAGGAAAUGUCAACAAGCACCUCCACCUCCACCAGCGAAGACACUGAGCUCACUAAAAAUACGACUUCCCCUAAGCCCGAUAACCCCCAAGGUCAAAUAGUUGACCCUGCAUCACAACAUGACCUAUUGCCCUCCAAAACAGGAAAUGAGGAACAGACUGCAAAUGAAAGCCGGGGCCAUGAGAGUGAUGGAACGAAGCCUGUAUCGAGUGACUGGCUGACACAUUACGAUGAUUCAUUGGGAAAGUUGGUCUACAUCAAUCAAGUAACGGGACUCAGUAAAUAUGAGAAUCCAUCACUGAAGGAGAAUCAAGUACCGUGCUCCGCAAACCUCACCAACAUGGCGGUCAGCGUUGUUUCAAAGACAGGAUUGGAGUACAGAUGCUACCCUUUUCAGACAGACCUUGUAUUGCCCUUUCUCCCCAAACCUAGAGCAGAGAGAGUUCGUAGCACAAGCAUAGAAAAUGGAGGUCCGAGUUCCCUGUCGACUCUUUACUCUGAGUGGAAUAACCCUGUGUUUGUACGACCACCUCAGGUUGCUGUGGAUGUGACAAGUGGCCAAGCCGAAGGCCUUGCUGUGAAAAUCCACAACAUUCUCUUCCCCUACCGCUUCACUAAGGAAAUGAUCCACUCGAUGAAGGUUAUUCAUCAAGUAGACAAGAAAUUUCUUGCCUGUCUCAUUAAUACUACAGUCGAAAAUACCCCAGAGUCUAGUGAAAAUGAAGGAAACCUUCUUGUACUGGUCGAUCAACACGCAGCUCAUGAAAGGGUUCGCUUGGAGGCGCUUGUGACAGAGUCUCAUGAGGACGACCCGGACACACCAGGUAAAAAGAGACUGUGUGCAUCAAGUGUAAGUCCUCCCCUGGAGAUCCAUAUGACUGAGGAAGAGAUAAGACUGCUGAGUUUGUAUCAGCUUUCCCUAAGAGACCUGGCUCUCGAAAUAAGCUUCCCUCAGACAGAGCAGUCGUCUGUGCUCGUGGAGCGACUCCCCACCUGUUUCGUAGAGAAAGAGAACACAGAAAAGCGGCGUGGCAGACGUAGUGUCAUCAAGUCUAUCGCAGAGGAAUACUUACGAGAGCUGAUUGAGGCUCUGCAGUCAACAGGAAGAGUAAAAGUCACUUUGCCUCUAACAGUCCACAAUGUCCUUGCUUCACAAGCUUGUCAUGGAGCAAUAAAGUUCAAUGAUGAGCUGAGUAAAGAGGAGUGCUGCAGUCUGGUGGCGUCCCUCUCGUCCUGCCAGCUGCCCUUCCAGUGUGCUCACGGACGGCCCUCCAUUCUUCCUCUAGCUGAUCUUCUCCACUUAGAGGAUGAACAGGAGCUCCCCAAACCAAAUCUCAGGAAAUUGAGAAGAAUGUACAAGGCAUGGCAACUUUAUGGAAAUAAUUAAUUUGGGCAAAACAUGAAAUUUCAGAGAGGAAAGCACAUUCAAUUUACAAUUUCAAAUUCAAAAUUUUUAAAUUAAAUUAUUUAUUUUAAUAUGAA